GCAGAGACAGAUGGGAAGGUAAGAAGGAAACAAAGGCACAAAACACACAAGGACAGACUCACCAGGACAGAGAAUUAGCAGAGGAGAGACUGAUGAAGGGAGGACGGAUGAGACAAAGGAGGAAGCAGGAAAAACAGUGAGAAUGAAAACCUGGAUGCACCACAUGAGCAGAACAUGUUACCCAGUGAGACAACGGCAGCGGUCUGCAGUGACAUCCAACAGCCUCUGCUGAAUGCUGCGAUGAAGGACGUUCACGCAGACACAGAAGAGUCUGUUGAAAAGAACUGAGUCCUGACCAUGACACACGUCCCAGUUUAGACCUGUACCAGUCGCUGUGGUCUGUUUUUGCAGUCAGGUACUGUUGGAUUUCCUCUCAAAGGUCCGACCACCAGAUGUCUUGAGUGUUUCCGUUUCCAGCUUCUCACCUCCUACAGAAUCAGGGUUGCCCUACGAUGAUGCAAACCCCGGCCUCCAUGGUCAUGGGGAUCGUAUUCGCCCCCCUGGGCCUGGUCCUGGUCUUCACCGCCGCCAUCACCCCCCAGUGGAGGGAGGGGCAGGCCCGUCUGGGGAUGACCGGCCCCGCGUCGCUCCUCCGGUCUGGGACCAAGGGUCAAGGCCUGGGGGUCCGGUCGGUGGAGGCGCUGCUCCUGGUGCGUUCUGAUGGAUUGUGGGAAAGCUGCCUCCAGGUGGCGCACUCGGAGCUGAAGCAGUGCUGGCCCGUCGCAGGUCCGUAUCAGAGGGAUCCGCGGGUCCGCCUGGCUCAGGGGCUGGUGCUCACCUCUUUGUUUCUGUGCGGCACCGGCAUCGUCCUGGCCUGCAUCGGGGUCCGCUGUUGGACUGAUUUACCUUUGAGGGGCGUGGCGGCGGCGGGCGGGCUCCUCAUGGUCAUGGCUGGGCUGCUCAGCCUGACCGCCCUGGGAGUCUACACCCAUAACCUCAGCAGACUGGGGAUGGAGGAUUCCAGUUACGGGAUAAAUAACAACCCCCGCUUCCCCCAGCUCAGCCUGCAUGCGGCCGGGUCGCUCUACUUCGGGUGGCUGGGCUCGUGUUUACAGGUGUUGGGAGGUGUGGCGCUGUUGUUCAGCUUCAAACGACCAAAAUGUCCCACCUGCCCCUCCUGCCCAAACUGCCCGGCGUGUUCCUGCCCGCAAAUAAACAACAAGUCAGACAUAGAUGUGUAUGAAGUCAGCUGUUAGAAAGGAACCAUAGAGAGCUGAAGUCCUGCCCCUUCACGUUCUACACCACAGGACCUAGCAUUAGAUAUAGAAAAGCAACAAAAUCUGAAACAUGUUCCAGAAAAUUUGAAA